AUGGUUAGUAGAGGAAGAAAAAGCUCCAAACUCAUAGCUUCUUCUCGUGCAGCUGAAGAAGUGGUUAAGUCAACAGAUCUCUUGAGUGAGAUCCUACUGCGCCUCCCAGCCAAGCCAGUUCUCAAGUUCAAAUUAGUUUCAAAACAAUGGUGCUCCAUAAUCUGCACCCCAGAAUUUACCGUCCUUUAUGCCAAAAGAAACCCAAACCCUCACCUAGGGUUUAUGUUGCACGCUCGACUUGACUUCCAACCACAACCUCGUGCUAUCUUCCUUGAUCUGGGUGGCUAUCAAUAUGAUAAACUCCCAAAUUUUCUUAACAUCUCAAAAAUGGAGAUUCACCACGUCUGUAAUGGCUUGUUGUGCUAUUCCAGACCUCAUCUGAGUUCCCCUAACAUCACUUCAUAUUAUAUUUGUAAUCAUUCAUCAGGGCAAUCCGAAUUCCAAAGGGUCCUUGUAAGUCCAGACAAUGAAACAGUGAAGGCUUUCAAUGUGGCUUUUGAUCCCAAGCUAUCACCACAUUACAGGCUCGUUUUUGUGAGAGAAUUGCCUGUGUUAGACGAGACCCGUCUCAUCAAAAUUGAUAUCUACUCGUCUAAGACCAAGUCUUGGAGAGCCUCCAGGAAGGGGAUUUACAUUUUGCAAUACGAUAUAGGGUUUCAUGUUUCAGUUUACUGGAAGGAUGCAAUGUACUGGUACAAUGAGAAGAAUCAGUCUUUGGCAUAUUUCGAUUUCAAUGACGACACCGUGGAGAUUUUGCCAAAGCCAAAAGUUACUGGAGGAACCAUGAAAUGUUACUAUCUCGGCGAAUCGGGCGGGCAUUUGCAUCUUGUGGGAGCCUGGAGACCUUGGACUAGUUUGUUGACUGUCUUCGAACUGAAGGAAGAUAGGUCUGGGUGGAAUGUGAAGUAUCAUGGUGAUUUUCGUGCUUUAGCUAAUUCCUUUCCGAAGAUGCUUACUAAGAAUCCAAGAAGGCCUUAUAUGUUUUCUGUGGUGAACCUGGUAAGAGGUGAAAGAGAAGGGGAGUUGAUCAUUGUGAUGAUAAUCCCUGAGGGUGUGAUUUCUUAUAAUAUCCGGGAGAGGAGCUUGAAGAAACUCUUGGAUCUGGCUCUGAGUGAAACUUACAUGGAACAGUUGACGUUUAGGUCUCAUCAAUACAUUGAGACCCUUGCUUCGAUAUAG